AUGCAGCAAAUCUCUAGAGAAGGGUGCAAAGAAAAUAAUCAAAAAGAUGCCAGAGAAGGGCAGGAAGAAGCGGAGAAAGAAAGUUACACCAGCUACACCUAUAAAAUGAUGAAGCUGGUUCACCCUGAUACCAGCAUCUCCUCCAAGGCUAUCAUGAACUCAUUUGUCAAUGGUAGUUUCGAGCAUAUCAUGUGGGAGGCUUCCUGCCUGGCUCAUUUCAAGCAGUUCGGAGAGAUCCAGAUUGCCAGGCUCCUGCUGCUGCCCAGGCAGUUGGCCAAACAUGCCAUGUUGAAGGACACAAAAGUGGCGACCGAGUACACCAGCUCCAAGUGA